CUUACAAAAGAGAAAAAUUUAAAAAGACCUUUGUAUGAUCUUAUUUGCCAAUGGAUAGUUGAAGCGUGGAAUGAUAUUUCGGUUGAUAUAGCCAUUAAUUUAUUUAAAAAAUGUGGUAUUCCUAAUUGUAUCAAAGAGUUAGAAAAACAAGUGAUAGUUUCAGCUAAGGAUAUAGAAAACCUUCCAAUUUCAAUUGUUUACAUAGAAAAUUCAGAGAAUUUGCCUAAGCACUAG